CUCCCCACUUUUUUUUCUUAAAAAAUAAACUCCUGGGUGAUUCUUUCUCUCCGCUCCUCAACCAGCCCGUCAUCAAUCAAAGGAAAGAAAGGAAGUCAGGCAAGGCAUCUGUUGAAAGAUGGAAGGGUUUGGUGAAGGCCACCAAGAUGCACUCUCAAAGCAUGAGCUGAUUCGCGCAGCAGAGCAGAUUGCCGCACCUCAGCUGUGUUCCUCCUCCAAGAAAUGCAGAAGUGAAGAUUUUUUUCAAAUGGCGCAUGCACGCGCAACGCACAUCAGGCGUGCAUGCAAAGCGCACGAUCACCGAACCGGUUGUUAAACCAGGAGGAUCCCACCACUGCCUUGAGCCUUCACCAUUUACUCCAUGGUGUCAGGCACAGUAUAAGAAUUUCAAUUCUUCAUUUCAAAGUUCUUGCAAAUCUAAUAAUGGAGAUAGUAAAUAAGUACCUAUUUAAAUACAAAGGACUUUAUUUUAUGCAAAACCAGACCACACCUGAAAAUAUUGAUUUAGCAGAAAGGUUUGAAAUCCAAGAUGAUGAUAUAUUUAUAAUCACCUAUCCCAAAUCUGGCACAGUGUGGACUCAGAACAUUCUGAGCUUGAUUUUUCAUGAAGGUCAUCGAGAUGGAACUGAAAAUAUUACCCUGCUCGACAGAAUACCAUGGCUAGAAUAUAAUCUUUUCCGGGUGGAUUUGACCAAUCUCCCAUCACCUCGUAUCAUUUGUUCCCAUCUGCCCUACUAUUUGGCACCCAAAGGAUUACGAAAUAAAAAAGCAAAGAUUAUUUAUGUGUUUAGAAAUCCAAAGGAUUGCUUGGUUUCUAUGUAUCAUUUUCACAAAGUUUCAGUUCCAUUAGAAACUCCAAAAGACUUUGAUACAUUCUUGGAGAAGUUUUUGGCUGGCAAAGUGGGCAAUGGUUUCUGGCUAGACCAUAUAGAAGGCUGGUGCACUCAUAAGGAUGAUUUCAAUAUUCUCUUCCUUUCUUAUGAAGAAAUGAAAAAGGAUCUGAGAAGUUCAGUAUUGAAAAUAUGCAACUUUCUAGGAAAAGAACUAAGUGAAAAGGAGAUGGAUGAUGUGGUAGAUAAAGCUACAUUUGAGAACAUGAAAAUGGAUUCUAGAACAAACUACAGAUUCUUGUCUUCUGAUCAGCUGGAUUUCAGCAAAGGGGAGUUUCUUCGCAAAGGCAUUGUUGGGGACUGGAAGAACAUCAUGACUGUUGCCCAGAGUGAAAGGUUUGACCAUGUCUUUAAGGAGAGGGUGGAAAAGCUGCCCUUCAGGUUCUGCUGGGAUAUGCAGGAGGAUCCAUGAGCCUAUUUCCAGCACAGCGGGGAAAAAUAAUGUGUGAUACACACCUUCAAAUGGCUUGAAUCAGAGAUGACCUUCCAAGAAUGGUCUUUAUGUAACCUUGUAAUGUUUAUUUUUCAACUCUUUAAAGAUCACAGAAAACAGCAACAUUGAAUUUUGUGCUAUUGUUAAUUAUAAUAGAACCUACAGAAAACUGUCAAUAUAUGUCUCUCUGAAAUUCUUAUUUUCAUUUCUAUUUUGAUUCCACAAAUGAAGCCAAAUGCACUAGAAUUUUGAUAUUUGAUGUCCAGCUGGUUUCUACAUACACUUAACAUUUUUCACUUAACAACUGACUACUAACUUAACAACUGAAGUGAUUCACUUAACAAUUGUGGCAAGAAAGAUCUUAAAAUAGGGCAAUACUCACUUAACAACUGUCUCGCUUAGCAACAUAAUUUUUGGCUCAGUUGUAGUCAUAAGUUGAGAACUACCUGUAUAAACUGCAAAUACUACUCAUUGUGUACAUUAGCUACAAAGCAAGCAACAAGGUACCUUCCACAUGGACAGGGAUGCCAAGUCUGAGCAGUUACCAAGGUUGCUAGAACAGCAGAAACUUCAUUUUCCAUAUCUCAGAAACAAACAUUCAGAAAUCCCCAAAACACCUUCCUGAACUUUUGAAGCCCAGAUAUUGGCCUUCAAAUAACCUCAUUGUACUACUACUAUGCUGUACAAAAUGCCAGAAAGAUUAUUAGCAUAUUCUCCAGUUCUAAAGACAAAAUCCUUCAUGGAGAUUUUAUUUUAAUUUUGAACUGCAUGUUACUUAGACGUCGUUAUCAAAAUCAUUGCAUUAGAAAUACUGAUAUUGCCUUUGUAUAUACAAUAUUUAAAAGAGAAAUAUUUUCCUCUUAGCUCAUGUGAGGAAUAGAAUUAACUUAAACAAGCCCACUGUUGUUUUCAUUCACUGCUUGAAUCCACAGUUGCUUGCAAUUUGGUCUUUGCUCAUGUCAAAGGAUGAUAUAUGCAUUAUAGAAAGAAUCAGUGGUGGGAUUCAAAUAAUUUAACAACCGGUUUUCUGCCCUAAUGACCGGCUGAGUAGGCGUGUCUGAGGGUUAUGUGACUGGGUGGGUGUGGCUAACUCAACAUCACUCACAUCGAAGGGGCCUUGCCUCAUGCGGCCCCUCACCUCGCCUGGCCGCUCGCCUAACCUCCAAACUUUUUAUGCAAAAUGGAAUUGCUUGAGAAACUCUGAUUCCAAGUCACUUGGGUUUAAAUCUGAUUUAAACCUCCAUGAGUCAGGUAUGAAAGAUCUACAAAUCUUUCUUUAGUUGUACCAAUCAUAUCCCGUUAUUACAAUCUAUUAAAACUAUACAGGUAGUCCACAAUUGGACUACAACCACAAUUGGGAUCAGAACUUCUGUUACUAAGUGAGGCAGUCAUUAAAUGAGUUGUACCCAAUUUUAUGACCUAUUUUGUCACAGUUGUUAAGCAAACUGCCAUGGUUGUUAAGUGAAUCCAGUUUCCUACACUAACUUUGCUUGUUGGAAGCCAGUUGAAGAGGUCACAAGUGGCAAUCAUUUGUUCAUAUGUUUUGUAGAUAUGGGAGCACCUUGAAUAUAAAGUCAAUUUUUAUAACCCCUUAUUGUCCAAUGAUUAACAAAAUUAAUAAGGGUUUAUUAAUAAAUACAGUGGAUUUCAAGAACUAUUUCCAAUUAUGAAAUGUUAAAUAUUAGCUUGAUUAAGAAAUAAGUGCUAUGAAUUGCAAACACCAUACAUACAGAGUACAUUAUAUAAAUUUAGCAUUUUCACAUCAGCUGUAUUUUCCAAAGAUAUAUUGCCAAUUAUAAAGAUUCUGUUUCACUGAGAGGCUUUAUUUGAGAAAUGAUUCCAUACCACAAAUUCACCUCUGUUUUUUGAAUUUACAGUUGACCAAAAUAUAAAGAUGAUUGCAAAUUUUG